UCUGGAAACAGCAAGUCCACAGUGGCAAAAAUGAGGGGGAGUUUGGUGGGGUUGUGUGUCCUUGCUUUGACUAUAGCCCAUGUCACUGAGAUCCAAGCCAGAUGGGUCCGCAACCAUGUGAGCAGCAUCUGUAGCACAUGGGGCAGGGAGCACUUCAAGACGUUCGAUGGUGAUGUGUACCAGUUUCCUGGCAUGUGUGAAUACAACCUGGUCUCUGACUGCCAUGACACCUUCCCGGAGUUCUCUGUGCACAUGAAGAGGAAGGAAAACGAUGGAAACCCAACAGUCAGUUAUGUGGUGGUCACCAUCAGCGAUUUUGCAUUUCACCUCAGCAAGGAUGUGGUCACUGUAAACGACCUGCCUGUCAAACUUCCACACUACCAGGCCGGAGUACAAGUGGAAAGAAAUGCAGUCUACAUCAAGCUCCAGUCCAAAGUUGGCAUCAUUGUCAUGUGGAACCUUGAUGAUGCAGUCAUGGUGGAAAUUGAUAAUGAUUACACUAACCGCACUUGUGGACUUUGUGGAGAUUUUAACGGUGUUCCAGUCUACAAUGAGUUCCUCCUUGAUGGUCGCAAAAUCAGCCCCAUUGAGUUUGGCAACAUACAUAAAGUCCAUCGUCCAAAUGAUGAUUGUGAGGACCCAUAUGAAGAGGAAGAUGUGUCACAGGAAGCUAUGAAUGUGCCAGAGUCAUGCAAAGAGUUUCAAAACACCUGUGAAGAGAUGCUGCAUGCAGAAACCUGGAGCUCCUGCACCAAACUGAUUGAACCUGAGCCUUACAUUCAGGCCUGUGUGCAGGACAUGUGUGGCUGUACCAACCAUUCAGAUGACUUUUGUGUCUGCAGCACACUCUCUGAGUUCUCUCGACAGUGUUCCCAUGCAGGAGGGGAGCCUCCCAACUGGAGGACUUCUGAGUUCUGUGCCAAACAGUGCCCAUUCAACAUGGUUUAUGAAGAGAGUGGAUCCCCUUGUGUGGAUACCUGCACACAUCAAAACACAAGCUCAUUCUGUGAGGACCACAAAAUGGACGGCUGCUUCUGUCCUCCUGGAACUGUGUUCGAUGACAUUUCCAUGAGGGGGUGUAUUGCUCAGUCUGAAUGCCAGUGCAAGCAUGAAAAAAUCUAUGAAUCUGGUGAAGUUUACAAACAGGAGCGAGAGGAAUGCACAUGUUUUGAGGGUAGAUGGGCUUGUGAAAGUCUUUCAACACCUUCUACAUGUGCGGUUGAAGAAGGUUCACAUGUAACCACCUUUGAUGGGAAAGACUUCACCUUCCACGGAGACUGCUACUACACCCUGGCCAAGGUGAAAAGAAAGGAUGAUGCAAGCCCUAAGUUUACCAUCCUGGUCCAACUGGUACCGUGUGCACACCAAGAGUAUGACACCUGUCUGAAGACCCUCAAAAUCCUGCUGAACAAUGACAGAAACAAUGUGUUAACAUUCACUGCUGAUGGUGCAGUAAAGCAGAAUAUGCAGACUAUCAGUUUGCCGUACUUCUCAGGGGAUAUCAGUGUAUUCCAUGCUUCGUCCUUUCACAUCAUCCUCCAGACCAGUUUUGGUUUGCAAAUUCAGAUCCAACAUGUACCCCUCAUGCAAGUCUAUGUCAGCCUGGAGCAGAGCUACAGAGAAAAGACACGUGGUUUAUGUGGGAACUACAACAUGGUCCUGUCUGAUGACAUGAACACUCGUCAGGGAAUUGUGGAGGGAAGUGCAGCAGCGUUUAGUAACUCCUGGAAGGCUAGCCAUGUAUGCCAAGACAGAGAAGAAAGACUCGAUGACCCUUGUUCUUUCAGCGUGGAAAAUGAAAAGUAUGCCAAUCACUGGUGCGCCUUGCUACGACAGCCAAAUAGUACCUUUGCAGAGUGCCAUUCUGUGGUGGAUCCUGAGAUUUACUACAAGCGAUGUAUUUAUGCUAGCUGUAACUGUGAGAAGAGUGAGGACUGCCUGUGUGCUGUUUUCUCCUCCUACGCCAGAGCUUGUGCAUCAAAGGGAGUGUUAUUGACAGACUGGAGAGAGAAUGUGUGCGACAAAUACACCAAGAACUGCCCAGAAUCUCAGACCUUCUCUUACAAAAAUCAAAGAUGCCAGCUGACUUGCAGAUCUUUGAGCUUAAAGCAGCAGAGCUGCACCUCUGAUUUCUUGCCUGUGGAUGGCUGUUCCUGCGCUGAGGAUCACUACCUAGAUGACAAUGGCAUCUGUGUCCCAGUGGCAAAGUGUCCCUGUUACCAUAAUGAAGUCUACGUUAAGUCAGGCAAGUCCAUCAGCAUCAACAACGAGCACUGCGUAUGCACUAACGGAGUUCUUCAUUGCCAUUCUGGGAGAACCCGCAUGUCAAUUUCUACAGCUUGCCCUUCUUCUAAAGAAUACUUCAACUGCUCCACUGCAAGCACAGGAGUUGUUGGAGUGCAGUGUGUUCGAACUUGUUUAAAUCUGGAAAAUGAUGAUUGUGAUGCCACCGAAUGUGAAUCUGGUUGUCGGUGUCCCAGUGGCCUCCUUGAUGAUGGUAAAGGUUUCUGUGUGAAAGAAAGUGACUGUCCAUGCAAACAUGAAGGCCAUCUCUAUGCCUCUGGAACACGAAUACCAAACCAGUGCAACACCUGUACCUGCCAAAGUGGAAAAUGGACAUGCACAGAGAAAAAAUGUCCAGGAACUUGCAUUAUUUAUGGAAGUGGUCACUACACCACAUUUGAUCAGAAAAAAUAUGCAUUUCAAGGACAGUGUGGCUAUAUUGCUGUAAAGAACAACUGUGGCAAUAAAACAGUGCAUGACAGCUUUGGAGUUAUCAUUGAAAAUGUACCUUGUGGCUCUACGGGCACCACCUGCUCUAAAAAAGUCAGAAUUCAACUGGGGAGAAUAGAAAUCAAACUAUCAAGGGGAAGAUUUGAAGAGGAUGAUCUGGGACAUGGGCCUCUGAUCAAGUACAGAAUAAGGAAGGUUGGCUUGUAUGUGGUUGUAGAAUCUGUCAUCGGUGUGGCAGUGAUGUGGGAUCGCAAAACAGCUGUUCGGAUUCUGCUGGAACCAACACACUUUGGAGAGGUGUGUGGCCUGUGUGGAAAUUUUGAUGGUGAUGGACAGAAUGACUACACCACCCAGGGUCAGCUGGUGGUGAGCAAUCUACUCGAAUUUGCAAACAGCUGGAAAGUGUCUAGCUCUUGUCCAGAUGCGGAGGAGAACAUUGAUCCUUGUGCAGUAACCCCCAGUCGACAUAAGUGGGCAAAAAUGAUGUGUAGCAUCAUAAUUGGAGAAACAUUUAAAGAAUGCCACAGAAAGGUUAGCCCCAUUCCAUUUUAUGAAAACUGUGUGAAAGACUCAUGUGCCUGCGACACUGGGGGAGACUGUGAAUGUUUAUGCACAGCAGUUGCAGUUUAUGCUCAGGCUUGCAAUGAGCAUGAUGUUUGCAUUGCAUGGAGAACUCCAGAGAUCUGUCCUGUCUAUUGUGAUUACUACAACAGCCCAAUGGAAUGCAUAUGGCACUAUUACCCUUGCCACCGUCCAUGCUACAAGACCUGCUUGAAUCCAGAAGGCGUAUGUUUCAAUCCGAUACCAACCCUGGAAGGCUGUUACCCUGUAUGCCCAGAAGAUAAGCCCAUAUUUGAUGAGGAAAACCAAACAUGUGUGGAUGUAUGUCCAGAGCCAAAUACAACCACUUCUCCCACUACCACAACUACAAUGACACAGCCAACUCCUACAACUACCACCACAACUACGAUAAGUACAACCACAAUGUCAUUGACUUCUUGCAUUCCAGAAUUCAAAUGUGAGUGGUCAGACUGGUAUGAUGUGCAUGAUCCUACGGACGAAAGUGACUGGGAAACAUACAAAAACAUCACAGAUACUGGUCUUCAAAUAUGUAACAAUAUUGAAGGUAUUGACUGUAGAGCAGUAAAUUAUCCUGACAAAACAUUUAAUGACUUUGUGGCUGAAACUGGCCAAGUUGUUACUUGUCAAAAGGACAUUGGUUUAAUAUGUAAAGUAGAGGACCAGAUCAGACCACCAAAAAAGUGUUUUGACUACAAGAUCAAAUUAAAAUGUUGUGAUGUGAUAUGUUCAACCACAACCACGUCUCCUACUACAACUACCACUAUGACUCCAACGACUUCUACCACUACAUUUACAACUAAAACUACCACCACAUCUCCAACUACCACCACAUCCCCAACUACCACUACGACUCCAACUACCACCACAUAUCCAACCACAACUACCACCACAUCUCCAACUACUACUACAGGGCCAACUACCACCACAUCCCCAACUACAACUACCACUACGACUCCAACUACUUCUACCACUACAUUUACAACUACUACUACAGAGCCAACUACCACCACAUCUCCAACUACCACCACAUAUCCAACUACUACUACUGAGCCAACUACUACCACGACUCCAACUACCACCACAUCUCCAACUACAACUACCACUACGACUCCAACUACCACCACAUAUCCAACUACUACUACUGAGCCAACUACCACCACAUAUCCAACCACAACUACACUCACAUCUCCAACUACUACUACAGAGCCAACUACCAUCACAUCCCCAACUACAACUACCACCACAUCCCCAACUACAACUACAACUACCACUACGACUCCAACUACUUCUACCACCCCAUCUACAACUACUACUACAGAGCCAACUACCACCACAUCUCCAACUAGCACCACAUAUCCAACCACAACUGCUACCACAUCCUCAACUACUACCACGACUCCAACUACCACCACAUCUCCAACUACAACUACCACUACGACUCCAACUACUACUACUGAGCCAACUACUACCACGACUCCAACUACCACCACAUCUCCAACUACUGCAACGACCCCAACUACCACUAGCACCACAUCUCCAACUACAACUACUACCGUGACUCCAACUACAAGUACCACCACGACUCCAACUACCACCACCACCACCACUCCAACUACCAGAAGUACAACCACAAUAGCCAACUACCAUCACAUCCCCAACUACAACUACCACCACAUCCCCAACUACAACUACAACUACCACUACGACUCCAACUACUUCUACCACCCCAUCUACAACUACUACUACAGAGCCAACUACCACCACAUCUCCAACUACACCACAUCUCCAACUACAACUACUACCGUGACUCCAACUACAAGUACCACCACGACUCCAACUACCACCACCACCACCACUCCAACUACCAGAAGUACAACCACACUGUCGCCAUCUACUUGCAUUCCAGAAUUCAAAUGUGAGUGGUCAGACUGGUAUGAUGUGCAUGAUCCUACGGAUAAAAGUGACUGGGAAACAUACAAAAACAUCACAGAUACUGGUCUUCAAAUAUGUAACAAUAUUGAAGGUAUUGACUGUAGAGCAGUAAAUUAUCCUGACAAAACAUUUAAUGACUUUGUGGCUGAAACUGGCCAAGUUGUUACUUGUCAAAAGGACAUUGGUUUAAUAUGUAAAGUAGAGGACCAGAUCAGACCACCAAAAAAGUGUUUUGACUACAAGAUCAAAUUAAAAUGUUGUGAUGUGAUAUGUUCAACCACAACCACGUCUCCUACUACAACUACCACUAUGACUCCAACGACUUCUACCACUACAUUUACAACUAAAACUACCACCACAUCUCCAACUACCACCACAUCCCCAACUACCACUACGACUCCAACUACCACCACAUAUCCAACCACAACUACCACCACAUCUCCAACUACUACUACAGGGCCAACUACCACCACAUCCCCAACUACAACUACCACUACGACUCCAACUACUUCUACCACUACAUUUACAACUACUACUACAGAGCCAACUACCACCACAUCUCCAACUACCACCACAUAUCCAACUACUACUACUGAGCCAACUACUACCACGACUCCAACUACCACCACAUCUCCAACUACAACUACCACUACGACUCCAACUACCACCACAUAUCCAACUACUACUACUGAGCCAACUACCACCACAUAUCCAACCACAACUACACUCACAUCUCCAACUACUACUACAGAGCCAACUACCAUCACAUCCCCAACUACAACUACCACCACAUCCCCAACUACAACUACAACUACCACUACGACUCCAACUACUUCUACCACCCCAUCUACAACUACUACUACAGAGCCAACUACCACCACAUCUCCAACUAGCACCACAUAUCCAACCACAACUGCUACCACAUCCUCAACUACUACCACGACUCCAACUACCACCACAUCUCCAACUACAACUACCACUACGACUCCAACUACCACCACAUAUCCAACUACUACUACUGAGCCAACUACUACCACGACUCCAACUACCACCACAUCUCCAACUACUGCAACGACCCCAACUACCACUAGCACCACAUCUCCAACUACAACUACUACCGUGACUCCAACUACAAGUACCACCACGACUCCAACUACCACCACCACCACCACUCCAACUACCAGAAGUACAACCACAAUGUCGCCAUCUACUUGCAUUCCAGAAUUCAAAUGUGAGUGGUCAGACUGGUAUGAUGUGCAUGAUCCUACGGAUAAAAGUGACUGGGAAACAUACAAAAACAUCACAGAUACUGGUCUUCAAAUAUGUAACAAUAUUGAAGGUAUUGACUGUAGAGCAGUAAAUUAUCCUGACAAAACAUUUAAUGACUUUGUGGCUGAAACUGGCCAAGUUGUUACUUGUCAAAAGGACAUUGGUUUAAUAUGUAAAGUAGAGGACCAGAUCAGACCACCAAAGAAGUGUUUUGACUACAAGAUCAAAUUAAAAUGUUGUGAUGUGAUAUGUUUAACCACAACCACGUCUCCUACUACAACUACCACUACAUCUCCAACUACCACUACGACUCCAACUACAUCUACCACCACAUCUCCAACUACUACUACAGAGCCAACUACCACCACAUCUCCAACCACAACUACCACCACAUCUCCAACUACUACUACAGAGCCAACUACCACCACAUCUCCAACUACUACAACUACCACCACAUCUCCAACUACUACGACAGGGCCAACUACCACCACAUCCCCAACUACAACUACCACUACGACUCCAACUACUUCUACCACCCCAUCUACAACUACAACUACCACCACAUCUCCAUCUACUACUCCAGAGCCAACUACCACCACAUCUCCAACUACCACCACAUAUCCAACCACAACUACCAUCACAUCUCCAACUACUACUACGGAGCCAACUACCACCACAUCCCCAACUACUACCACGACUCCAACUACCACCACAUCUCCAACUACUACUACAGAGCCAACUACCAUCACAUCCCAAACUACAACUACUACCACGACUCCAACUACCACCACAUCCCCAACUACAACUACAACUACCACUACGACUCCAACUACUUCUACCACUACUUUUACAACUACUACUACAGAGCCAACUACCACCACAUCUCCAACUACCACCACAUAUCCAACCACAACUGCCACCACAUCCUCAACUACUACCACGACUCCAACUACCACCACAUCUCCAACUACAACUACCACUGCGACUCCAACUACCACCACAUAUCCAACUACUACUACUGAGCCAACUACUACCAGGACUCCAACUACCACCACAUCUCCAACUACUGCAACGACCCCAACUACAACUACCAUUACGACUCCAACUACUUCUACCACCAUAUCUCCAACUACUACUACAGAGCCAACUACCACCACAUCUCCAACCACAACUGCCACCACAUCCCCAACUACUACCACGACUCCAACUACCACCACAUCUCCAACUACAACUACCACUACGACUCCAACUACCACCACAACUCCAACUACUACUACUGAGCCAACUACUACCACGACUCCAACUACCACCACAUCUCCAACUACAACUACCACUAUGACUCCAACUACCACCACAUAUCCUACCACAACUACCACCACAUCUCCAACAACUUCUACAGAGCCAACUACCACCACAUCCCCAACUACAACUACCUCUACGACUCCAACUACAACUACCACCACGUCUCCAACCACAAAUAACACCACAUCUCCAACUACUACUACAGAGCUAACUACGACCACAUCCCCAACUACAACUACCACUACAACUCCAACUACCACCACAUAUCCAACCACAACUACCACGACAUCUCCAACUACUACUACAGAGCCAACUACUACUAUAGAGCCAACCACCACCACAUCCCCAACUACAACUACCUCUACGACUCCAACUACUUCUACCACCACAUCUCCAACUACUACUACAGAGCUAACUACCACCACAUCUCCAACCACAACUACCACAACAUCUCCAACUACAACUACCACCACGUCUCCAACGACAACUAACACCACAUCUCCAACUACUACUACAGAGCCAACUACGACCACAUCUCCAACCACAACUACCACCACAUCUCCAACUACUAUUACAGGGCCAACUGCCACCAAAUCCCCAACUACAACUACAACUACAACUCCAACUACUUCUACCACUACAUUUACAACUACUACUACAGAGCCAACUACCACCACAUCUCCAACUACCACCACAUAUCCAACUACUACUACUGAGCCAACUACUACCACGACUCCAACUACCACCACAUCUCCAACUACAACUACAACUACCACUACGACUCCAACUACCACCACAUAUCCAACUACUACUACUGAGCCAACUACCACCACAUAUCCAACCACAACUACCACCACAUCUCCAACUACUACUACAGAGCCAACUACCAUCACAUCCCCAACUACAACUACUACCACGACUCCAACUACCACCACAUCCCCAACUACAACUACAACUACCACUACGACUCCAACUACUUCUACCACUACAUUUACAACUACUACUACAGAGCCAACUACCACCACAUCUCCAACUACCACCACAUAUCCAACCACAACUGCCACCACAUCCUCAACUACUACCACGACUCCAACUACCACCACAUCUCCAACUACAACUACCACUGCGACUCCAACUACCACCACAUAUCCAACUACUACUACUGAGCCAACUACUACCACGACUCCAACUACCACCACAUCUCCAACUACUGCAACGACCCCAACUACCACUAGCACCACAUCUCCAACUACAACUACUACCGUGACUCCAACUACAAGUACCACCACGACUCCAACUACCACCACCACCACCACUCCAACUACCAGAAGUACAACCACAAUGUCGCCAUCUACUUGCAUUCCAGAAUUCAAAUGUGAGUGGUCAGACUGGUAUGAUGUGCAUGAUCCUACGGAUAAAAGUGACUGGGAAACAUACAAAAACAUCACAGAUACUGGUCUUCAAAUAUGUAACAAUAUUGAAGGUAUUGACUGUAGAGCAGUAAAUUAUCCUGACAAAACAUUUAAUGACUUUGUGGCUGAAACUGGCCAAGUUGUUACUUGUCAAAAGGACAUUGGUUUAAUAUGUAAAGUAGAGGACCAGAUCAGACCACCAAAAAAGUGUUUUGACUACAAGAUCAAAUUAAAAUGUUGUGAUGUGAUAUGUUCAACCACAACCAAGUCUCCUACUACAACUACCACUACAUCUCCAACUACCACUACGACUCCAACUACAUCUACCACCACAUCUCCAACUACUACUACAGAGCCAACUACCACCACAUCUCCAACCACAACUACCACCACAUCUCCAACUACUACUACAGAGCCAACUACCACCACAUCUCCAACUACUACAACUACCACCACAUCUCCAACUACUACGACAGGGCCAACUACCACCACAUCCCCAACUACAACUACCACUACGACUCCAACUACUUCUACCACCCCAUCGACAACUACAACUACCACCACAUCUCCAUCUACUACUCCAGAGCCAACUACCACCACAUCUCCAACUACCACCACAUAUCCAACCACAACUACCAUCACAUCUCCAACUACUACUACGGAGCCAACUACCACCACAUCCCCAACUACUACCAUGACUCCAACUACCACCACAUCCCCAACUACAACUACAACUACCAUUACGACUCCAACUACUUCUACCACCAUAUCUCCAACUACUACUACAGAGCCAACUACCACCACAUCUCCAACUACAACUACCACUACAACUCCAACUACCACCACGACUCCAACUACUACUACUGAGCCAACUACUACCACGACUUCAACUACCACCACAUCUCCAACUACAACUACCACUAUGACUCCAACUACCACCACAUAUCCUACCACAACUACCACCACAUCUCCAACAACUUCUACAGAGCCAACUACCACCACAACCACCACAUCUCCAACUACUACUACAGAGCCAACUACUACUAUAGAGCCAACUACCACCACAUCCCAAACUACAACUACCUCUACGACUCCAACUACUUCUACCACCACAUCUCCAACUACUACUAUAGAGCCAACUACCACCACAUCUCCAACCACAACUACCGCAACAUCUCCAACCACAACUACCACCACAUCCCCAACUACAACUACCACCACAUCUCCAACCACAACUACCACCAAAUCUCCAACUACUACUACAGAGCCAACUACCACCACAUCCCCAACUACUACCACGACUCCAACUACCAGCACAUCCCCAACUACAACUACAACUUCCACUAUGACUCCAACUACCACCACAUAUCCAACCACAUCUACCACCACUUCUCCAACUACUACUACAGAACCAACUACCACCACAUCUCCAACUACCACCACAUAUUCAACCACAACUAGCACCACAUCUCCAACUACUACUACAGGGCCAACUACCACCACAUCCCCAACUACAACUACCACUACGACUCCAACUACCACCACAUAUCCAACCACAACUACCACCACAUCUCCAACUACUACAACAGGGCCAACUACCACCACAUCCCCAACUACAACUACCACUACGACUCCAACCACAACUACCACCACAUCCCCAACUACUACCACGACUUCAACUACCAGCACAUCCCCAACUACAACUACCACCACGACUCCAACUACCACCACAUAUCCAACCACAUCUACCACUACUUCUCCAACUACUACUACAGAGCCAACUACCACCACAUCCCCAACUACAACUACCUCUACGACUCCAACUACUUCUACCACCACAUCUCCAACUACUACUACAGAGCUAACUACCACCACAUCUCCAACCACAACUACCACAACAUCUCCAACUACAACUACCACCACGUCUCCAACCACAACUACCACCACAACUACAACUACCACCACAUCUCCAACUACUACUACAGAGCCAACUACCACCACAUCCCCAACUACUACCACGACUCCAACUACCAGCACAUCCCCAACUACAACUACAACUACCACCACAACUCCAACUACCAACACAUCCCCAACUACAACUACAACUACCACCACGACUCCACCUACCACCACAUAUCCAACCACAUCUACCACCACAUCUCCAACUACUACUACAGAGCCACCUACCACCACAUCUCCAACUACCACCACAUAUCCAACCACAACUACCACCACAUCUCCAACUACUACUACAGGGCCAACUACUACCACAUCCCCAACUACAACUACCAGUACGACUCCAACUACCACCACAUAUCCAACCACAUCUACCACCACAUCUCCAUCUACUACUACUGAGCCAACUACCACCACAUCCCCAACUCCAACUACCACCACAUCCCCAACUACUACUACAGAGCCAACUACCACCACAUCCCCAACUCCAACUACCACCACAUAUCCAACCACAACUACCACCACAUCUCCAACUACAAUAACAGUGCCAACUGCAACCCCAACCCUGACUUCUUCGACAGUAGCAACACCAACAACAACAAAGAAAGUGGACUGCCCUGACUGGGGUGUUUCACAAAAUGAGACCUUCUAUUUUUGCAACUGCACCAUGGCCAGAUGCAUAGAGAACAACACAAUAGAAAUUAUUCCAUAUGAAUGUCCCCCUCUGCAAAACAUAACUUGCACCAAUGGAAAGGAACCAGUCCUUGUGUAUGAUGAGUACUACUGCUGUCAAUAUUAUACUUGUGACUGUGUAUGUGAAGGGUGGGGAGAUCCGCAUUACAUCACAUUUGAUGGACUUUUCUACAGUUAUCAAGGAAACUGCACUUAUGUUUUGAUGAAAGAGAUUUUACCAAUACAUAACUUGGAGAUUUAUAUUGACAAUAUCUUUUGUGAUCCAACUGAAGACGUUUCUUGUCCACGAUCAAUAACAGUGGCAUAUGUAUCACAAGUCAUUACACUCAUUAAUCAUAAUCUUAUUGGAGCUGCACAAUUGGAGGCACUGAAAAAUGGAGAAAGUUUAAACCUACCUUAUUCUCAACAAGGUGUUAAGAUUGUGAAUUCAGGUCUGAACCUGAUUUUAGAGAUUCCUCGACUAAAAGUAGUUAUUACAUUUGGAAUAACUGGCUUCAGCGUAACCCUUCCAUUCCAGUACUUUGGCAAAAACACACAGGGCCAUUGUGGAACAUGCAACAAUAACCAGGCUGAUGACUGCAUGUUGCCUGGAGGUAAGCUGGUGGAAAGCUGUGCAGUAAUGGCUGACUAUUGGCCUGUUGAAGACCCUUACAAACCUAACUGCUCAACACCACCAGCAUUACCUACCAGUGCACCUGAACCACCACCGACCUUAGCUCCAUGCAAACCAGACUCCAUGUGUGACCUGCUUAAAAGCAGUCUCUUUGCAGAGUGCCAUCCGUUUGUCUCUCCAGAAAAUUUCUACAGAGGUUGUGUAUUUGAUAGCUGUCAUGUUUCCAACCCAACAGUGGAGUGCACAAGUUUACAGACUUAUGCUGCAGCCUGUGCUCAGGCUGGAGUUUGCAUUUACUGGAGGAACCACACCAAACUGUGUGCUGGUGAAUGCCCAUCAGGCAAAGUUUACAAGCCUUGUGGUCCUGUAGAACAGCCAACCUGUGAAGACAAUCCCAGUGAACCAACUAUGAACUACACUACUGAGGGCUGCUUUUGUCCUGAUGGAAUGAAACUUUUUAACCAGGAGUCUAGAAUAUGUGUUGAAAAAUGUGGAUGUCUUGAUCCUGAGGGCAUUCCUCGUGAGUUCAAUGAAAGAUUUGAGUACAAAUGCCAGGACUGCAUCUGUGAAGAAUCCACCAAGACUGUGACUUGCAAGCCUAAGGUGUGCCCACCACCAGCCACUACAGACUGCUCUACUCCUGGGUUUGUCCUUGUCAACCAGACCAGUCCAUCAGACCCCUGCUGUUCUAUUUAUGUUUGCCAAUGUCAAGCUAACACCUGCCCAGUCACCAAUAUGAACUGUCCAAUUGGAUAUAAGCCAGUUGUCAGUGUCCCUGUGGGAAAAUGCUGUCCAGAACAUACAUGUGAACCUAAAAGAGUUUGUGUUCACAGAGAAACUGAAUACCAGCCUGGAUCUUCAGUUCCUGUGAUUGCAUGUCAGGAUUGUACCUGUGCCAAUGAGAUGGACCCAAAAUCUGGUCUAUUAAAAAUAAUUUGUGUGUUUCAACAAUGUAAAGAAAGCUGCGAACUGGGAUAUGAAUAUGUGGAAACUGAUUCAGAUGAAUGCUGCGGGAAGUGUGUACAGACACACUGUGUUGUCAACAUUAAUGGAACCAAACAACUUUUGACUCAAGGAGAAACCUGGUCACCACCGGGGAAUAAGUGUGAACAUUACACCUGUGUCAAGAAUGGUGAGACUUUAACAGCAAGCCAUUCACAGACUGUCUGCCCACCCUUCCAAGAGAGCAACUGCCAACCUGAAACAAUUCAAACUGCAGCAAAUGGCUGUUGCAAAAUUUGUGUGGAGAAGGAGAAGGGAUGCAAGUUAAUGUCCAUGAAAACCCAUAUUACAUUCAACGGUUGUCAGUCUGCCAAGGAGGUAGAGAUGCCAUAUUGUGAAGGAUCCUGCAACACUUACACCAUGUACUCUGAAGCAGCAGCAGCUAUGGAACAUUCCUGCUCAUGCUGUAAGGAGAUAAACUUCAGCAAUCGCACUGCUGACCUGAUCUGCCUGAAUGGAGACACGGUCCCCUACACAUACAUGUAUGUGGAGCAGUGUGGGUGUACCAAGACGGACUGCACCAGAGCUGGACAUCAUGUUCGCAGGAAGAGAAGCUUCACACUGCUGUGAUGAAACAGUCCAUCUCUUCACAGAUGUGGCAUACAAUUGUUUCUUCCCAUAUUUUCUUAAAAAUCAUUAUAUAUCUUACAAAGUAAUUGCUAUUGUAGUUUGAGUAUUGAUCUGCUGAUCAAAAUAAAAAAAAUUGCACCUCA